GAAAAUCUUGAGAUGCACAUCUCAUAGUAUUAAUUUUUUUUUCAAUUUACCCUUUAUAAAGCGAUGUAAUUAGUGUUAAGAUUUAAUAUCAAACAUAAUAUAAAUGGCUCCUAGACAAUCCAAGACUGCCAAACGAAGUAAGAGUCAAAACAAGACUCGUUCUUCGGAAUCAGAAGUUUUUACUGAUUCCAAGGCAAGAAAUUUACUUGCAUCACAACCAACCUUAACUCCAAAGUCUAAAACUAAGAAAUUAUCAAAAUCAGCAAUUAAGAAGCAACAACAAAAGAUAAGGUUAUAUGGGUCUAAAAGUGGUAAGGAGUAUCGUGAAGAUCAAUUAGAAAUUCCAACUUUAAAUACGGCAAUUGUUCCUGGUGUAAAAGCUAAGAGAGGUAAAAAGGGAAAGAAAUUUGUAGAUGAUAAUGAUGCAUUAACAUUAAAUAGACUCGUCAAAAGUAUAAAUGAUAAAUACGAUCAAGUCAAUGAAAGUAAAUUAGAGAAAUCUAGAAGACUAGAAGAAAUAAGAGAAUUAAAGAGAAAAGAAUUAGAACGUAAAGAUCAACAAAAGAUAGAUAAAUUAGAAGGUAAGAAGGAUGAAUUAAGAAGUAAAGCUAAUUUAGCAAGAGCUAGUAGAAGAAAAAAUGCAAAGGCAAGAAGAGCUGAAGAGGAUUCUGUAACUAGUGAACCUUCUAAAAAGAAGAAGAAGGGUGUAUCAUUUGCUUGAUUAAUUAUAGAUUGAUACUCAUUUGCAUUUUAAAGCUUUAGGCAUUCAUUUUUGCAUGAUUCUGUAUAUUUAGAUUUUUACU